AUGGUUUGCCCGCGCUAUGACGUUGUUUGUGGACCUCUUCCGUCCUUCCCAAAUGGGCGAUGGGUCAGCAAUGGAACAACAUUUGGACAUACAGCCAUAUUGGAAUGUGAUGAGGGGACAGAGUCUGUGGGUAGCACAAAUGUCCAAUGUGGGGUCACUGGAACGUGGGGAAUCAGUACACAAACUUGUACUUCCAUUGAUUGCGGACAUUUACCUUCGGUGACACACGGUCAUUGGGUUAGCAAUAAAACAUUAUUUGGACAAACAGCUGAACUGGUGUGCGAGGAAGGGAGACAAUCAGAUGGUGUUUCGAACGUCACGUGUGGACUUAGUGGGGAAUGGAAUAUCAGCUCUCUUACAUGUAAUCUGGUCGACUGUGGACCCCCACAUCAGGUGGCCAAUGGGCUGUGGACUGGCGGAGAGUACACAUAUGGCUCCUUAUUACAUCUGCAAUGUAACACCGGGACUACUCUUAUAGGAAAUGGCACGGUCAACUGCACGGCUAACGGACAGUGGUCAAGAAUCGGGCAAAGAUGUUUUGAAGUUGAUUGUGGACAGUUGCCGCCGGUGACCUAUGGACAGUGGAUUAGUAGCGGAACAACAUUUGGCCAUAUAGCCUUUCUACAGUGCGAAGAAGACAGAAAACCCAGUGGUGUUUCGAAUGUCACGUGUGGACUUAGUGGAGAAUGGAAUAUCAGUUCACUCACGUGUGAUCUGGUCGACUGUGGACCCCCACAUCAGGUGGCCAAUGGGCUGUGGACUGGCGGAGAGUACACAUAUGGCUCCUUAUUACAUCUGCAAUGUAACACCGGGACUACUCUUAUAGGAAAUGGCACGGUCAACUGCACGGCUAACGGACAGUGGUCAAGCAUCGGGCAAAGAUGUUUUGAAGUUGAUUGUGGACAGUUGCCGCCGGUAACCUAUGGACAGUGGAUUAGUAGCGGAACAACAUUUGGCCAUAUAGCCUUUCUACAGUGCGAAGAAGACAGAAAACCCAGUGGUGUUUCGAAUGUCACGUGUGGACGUAGUGGAGAAUGGAAUAUCAGUUCACUCACGUGUGAUCUGGUUGACUGUGGACCCCCACAUCGGGUGGCCAAUGGGCUGUGGACUGGCGGAGAGUACACAUAUGGCUCCUUAUUACAUCUGCAGUGUAACAACAGGACUACUCUUAUAGGAAAUGGCACGGUCAACUGCACGGCUAACGGACAGUGGUCAAGCCUCGGGCAAAGAUGUGAUGUUGUAAGAAAAACAGAAAGCUCAAGUAGUUCCUUGCCGAAGGCGGCAUUAGGCGGGGUCAUUGGAGCAACAAGUGCCAUUUCUACAAUGAUCGUCAUAGUAAUCAUCAUGUGGCGUCGCAGAAAAAGUUCAUCCUCUUCUCCCAUCACGUGUGGCAAUACUAUGAAAAUAAACACUAGUAGCAUGUAGAAUAAUAUAGCACUGAGACAGUGAUAAACACAGUAGAAUAAUGAACUUCUUUUUUCCGUACUUUAAUAAAUCGCGUUGAAUGUAAAUGAAACGUCAUUCCAUGUAAUUGUAAUUAGAUAUGUGACAUUAAUACGUAAAGGAAAAGCAUUACCUGAUUGUUUCAAGAGAGUUUAAUAAGUUUAAUAAUUGUGUGUCAUUCUCCGUAGUUUUUGGUCUUCAUUGAGGAAUAUGGAGAAGAAUUAAAUAAAGCAAUCAAUGGGAUUUGACUAUUUGUUUGAGAAGAAGCGACAAAAUUACAAAAAAAAGGUUAAAAAUGUUUUUCAUUAGAAAAUGUGAGUUAUCAUGGAAAAGAGCUCGAGGAUCAGUGGAUUCGAUCAUACCAAAAAUAUCUGGUUUGUACUUAUAUAUCUGUAUAAUGCAAACAUAGAAAAUACACCCAUAUACAUCCAUGAUUUAAUAUGGUAUACGAAUAUUUUAUAUUCAGCAAAAUCUGAAUGAAUUGUGUCCCUCGAAAAUUUAAAAAAAAAAACACACAAAAAAAAAACAUUCAUAUUAUAAGAAAGUAAAGGGUUCAUAAGGUAUUGCCUAUCUGGUUCAAUAUU